CCAAAGAAUCGGAUCCAAACCUCAGACCUGCCACUUUGAGCUGCUCAGAGGACGCGGAGGGGGAACUACUCAUGGGUCGCCGCGCCUGAGGAGAUCCUCGGAGGGGAUUUUACGCGGAGGGAAUAACGCGCCGGGUCCGUUGGUACUUUUUUACGCAUCCGUUGUUGUUGUUGCCUCCACUCAGUGUUUGUGUCAGCAGCUGAUCUUCUCCUAGGACUCAGGAGAGAGAGAGGAAGAGGAAGAGGAAGAGUUCAGCCGCGGUGCGUCGUGGAGCAGAAGUGAGCGGUCGACAGGUGCAGCGUGAUUCAACAGGACUUGUCUGCGGUACAAGAUGCAGUAGAGGAAGCAUCUUAGUCAUCGUCACCGUCAACAUACACCGUCGGCUCCCCCCUGACAUGGCCUCCUCCCCUGGGCUGGACACGGACACGUUGCCGCUGCUUCAGCUCCAGGAGGUGGACUCCAGCAAAGCCUCGGAGAGGCCGAGCUCCCGGGUCCUGCUGCCCCCGGUGUACAGCCCGCCGCUGGGCAUGGACAACCACACCGUGUGCAUCCCCUCUCCGUACACGGACGGCGGCCACGAGUACAACCACGGACACGGCCCUCUGACCUUCUACGGCCCGCCCGCGCUGAGCUACGCCCGACCGCCCAUCGCCGACGGCCAGUCGUCCCUGUGCCCCCCCCUCAGCCCCACGGCCUUCUGGCCGACCCACGGUCACACCAGCGUGCCCUCGCUGACGCUGCGCUGCCCUCAGCCUCUCGUCUACAACGAACCGAGCCCGCACGUGCCCUGGCUGGAGCCCAAAGCCCACGGCAUCAACCCCAGCGGAGCUCCUGUCAUCACCUGCAGCGGCCGCUUCUCCAAUGUCCCCCAUGGCCAGUUGUCCCAGGAACCUUCUUUGUUCCCUCUCCGCAGCCCCGCCGUCGGCUGCAACAAGCUGCUGGGGAACGGAUCGGACGACGGCGGCGGCGCCAACUCCUCGUCGUGCUCGGCGGCGGCGGGGAAAGCCGACAUGCACUUCUGUGCCGUGUGCCACGACUACGCCUCGGGCUACCACUACGGCGUGUGGUCCUGCGAGGGCUGCAAGGCCUUCUUCAAGAGGAGCAUCCAGGGACACAACGACUACAUCUGCCCCGCCACGAAUCAGUGCACCAUCGACAAGAACCGGCGUAAGAGCUGCCAGGCCUGCCGCCUGCGGAAAUGCUACGAAGUGGGCAUGAUGAAAUGUGGUGUGAGGCGCGAGCGCUGCAGCUACCGAGGACCUCGCCACCGCCGCGGCGGGUCCCGGGACCCGGCGGGCCGCGCCCUGGUGCGGGCGGGGCUCGGCCCGCGGGCCCAGCGGCACCUGCACAUGGAGGCGCCGCUCGCGCCCUUCGCCCCCGCGCCGCAGGCGGACCACGCGCACCACUCGGCCAUGAGCCCCGAGGAGUUCAUCUGCCGCAUCAUGGAGGCGGAGCCGCCGGAGAUCUACCUCAUGGAGGAGCUGAAGAAGCCCUUCACCGAGGCCAGCAUGAUGAUGUCACUCACCAACCUGGCCGACCGGGAGCUGGUGCUCAUGAUCAGCUGGGCCAAGAAGAUCCCGGGCUUCCUGGAGCUGAGUCUGUCCGAUCAGAUCCACCUGCUCAAGUGCUGCUGGCUGGAGAUCCUGAUGCUGGGCCUGAUGUGGAGGUCGGUGGACCAUCCCGGGAAACUCAUCUUCUCUCCCGACUUCAGGCUCAACAGGGAGGAGGGGCAGUGCGUGGAGGGCAUCAUGGAGAUCUUCGACAUGCUGCUGGCGGCCACCGCUCGCUUCCGUGAGCUGAAGCUCCAGAGGGAAGAGUACGUCUGCCUGAAGGCCAUGAUCCUCCUCAACUCCAAUCUGUGCACGAGUUCCCCCCAGACGGCCGAGGAGCUGGAGAGCCGGAGCAGGCUGCUGCGGCUGCUGGACUCGGUGAUCGACGCCCUGGUCUGGACCAUCUCCAAGAUGGGCCUGUCCACGCAGCAGCAGACGCUGCGGCUCGGACACCUGACCAUGCUGCUGUCGCACAUCCGCCACGUCAGUAACAAAGGCAUGGACCACCUGUCCACCAUGAAGAGGAAGAACGUGGUGAUGGCGUACAACCUCCUCCUGGAGAUGUUGGACGCCAACACGUCCGGCGGCGGCGGCGGCGGCCAGACGUCGUCGUCACCGAGCCCCGACGUUUACCUGGACCAGCACCAGCACCAGCACCAGUACCCCGCGGCUCCGUCCCACCUGCAGCCGGGCUCGGCCCACGGCACCGGGCCUCCACACCGAGCAGCCGAAGCCCCCAUCAUGGACGCACACCUGCAGGCUCCGCCCCUCCAGGCCACAGAGGGCGUGGUGGCGGCGGCUCACAUUAACGGCAGCGAGUACGUCCACACAGCGCCGUGGUCCCUGGACGCCGGCGACGCCGGCUCCUCCGUGGAUCCGACCGACUGCAUCGUCUUCGAUCGAGUCGCCAUGGAAACCGCCGCGGAGGUGUGACGCGGCGGAGGGAGAAA